UUUUGGGAGGAAGCAGUCAAGUUUCCGAAAACUCCUUGACCACGGGUCUGUCUCCCUCCUACCCAAAGAUUUCUUUGCGUGCACCUUCGACUAUUAAAUCCAUGCCGAUUUCAACCACGAUAACGACAGCCAGCAACAGUCUAGAACUCAAUUCCCGAUGUAUCAUCGGAGCCUCUAAUGCAUCUCGCCAUUCCUCAGACUCCGUUCUAGACAGCCCUUCCCGGCGGCGUCACCCCACUGCAGACAUUGCUGCUGGAUCCGUCUAUAUGGCACCCACUACCGUCAACGCAUCGACGGCAGCCUGCCUUGGUGGUGGAAGUCGACUAUCGUUGGCCAGCGGUCGACAAUCACUAGCCUCAAGUGCUGGCGCAGAAUCGUACAAUUCAUACCGCCUUCUCACUCGGCAGACGGGUGCUGGCUGGCGCGAGUUGUGGCGCACUCGACUUCUUCUCCGCGACGUAUUGCACUGGGCUCUUGCUCAGCCACGAAGCUCCGGCCCACUAUCCACCGCCGCUCCAGGCUCUGGUCUCCAAGUUGAAAGUGGCCACAUGACGGCCUCCCAACCUGUUUCCUUGACCUCUGAUACUUCGUCACUAGGGCCAAUUAAAGCUGCUGAUCGGGAGGCGGCGACUGGCUUUUCCGAG